UCAAUUGGUGACCGAAUGGUGGUAUAAACGCAAAUUGUAUAAUUUCUUCCUGUAUCAAGUAACGGACUUCAAGUUUUCCAAUUUUCACCUUUCGUAUGUUAAAUAAACAGCAACAGAUAUAAUUAAACGUAUAGUACCUGUCUAAUAUUAUCGUUUAGCCUGUGAAACGGUAUCCUGAAUAUUUAUAACCUCCAAAAGUGAGCAACAUAAUGCUGAGGAUGAUGAGAUGUGCAGAUAUUUUAUUUAAAUUCAACUCCAGAGAGCGUGCCUACAAAAUUAUUUGCAAUCAGCCAUUAAAACCGUGUCGCACGGAAUAUGUACGGAGCUUCAUGAAAAAGUCCAGAUCCGCUAAUGAGACAUUACUGAAGCAAAGAGAUGGAAUUUCAACCGAUAGCAUUCUCAUAUAUAACUCACCUUACCAAAAAUUCUUCCUAUUUACGUAUUACUCAUCAACGGUUGUUCUUAUCGGUGGACUAUCGUAUCUCUACUGGACAUGGGACAAAUUUAGGGCAGUAGAAUAUCCAAAAAGAAAUUUUAAAAAUGUGGUAGUGAACAGCGAAUCCCAAAUAUUAACUUGUUUAAUUUCCUUUACCUGCAUUAACAUAAUACUAAGAUUCCUUAGUUUGCGGUGUCCGUUGAGAGUUUAUUUCUGUCCAAAAAGCCAAAAAUAUGUGUUGAUAUUGCUAGACCAAUUACCAAUGCGUCGAAAAACACUUGAAGCAUCACAGAAAUUUAUAAAACGAGUAACUCCAAGUAUAGUGCCUUUUAGUAAAACUCAGUAUGUAAUCAAUGGAAAAAAUUAUUAUCUGUUUGAUAAUUUUUUCCGAACAUCUGCAGAUCUCGGCAGAUUUUGUGGUGUAAAUUAA